GCAAUUCUCAUUUAGUAUACACGCGAAACAGCCAGGUGUAGGUCUGAAUCGACGCGAGAAUCAAUUAGCGUGUAGCGUGUAUACCUUAAGUUUCGAAAGUAUCUAGAUUUCGUUAGUAUUAUAGUUGGAACGGAAAUAUCUGAAGAGAACAAAAUGCAAACGAGUGUUUUAUUGAUAUUCGGGGCUGUGGUUUGUUUUAGUUCCUGCUUCGCUAAGUUACCUGCGGAUAUUGAACUGUGCAAAGCGGAAGAUGUGCAGUGCAUUGCUCGGGUAACAACCGGAAUUAUUCAAAGCAAUCCGAAAGGACGAUCGGAUCUCGGAAUUCCACCUUUAGAUCCAUUCCGCAUCAAUUCACUUGUGAUUAGUCAAGGCGCCACCGGAGCGUUGAACCUGGAUCUGAGCUUCAAAAAUAUCGACAUUGUCGGAUUCUCCAAUACCAAAAUUGAUCGCGCUGUCGGUUUCACCAAAGACCCCCACACCAGUAAAUUUGAAAUGUACGCAUCCGUUCCAAAGCUCAGCAUCCGUGGAAAGUACAAAGCCAGUGGAAGAAUUUUGUUGCUUCCAAUAACAGGGGAUGGUGAUGCAGUUAUUGCUAUGGAGAACGUAAAAUUGGCCGCAAAAUACAAACCAAUUAUUAACGAAAAAGACGGACACCAAUAUUUGGACAUCGAUAAAAUCAAGUUGCGCCUUGAACCUAAAAAGGUAUCGAUCCGCCUGACAAACCUCUUCAACGGAGAUAAAACCCUUGGUGAAAAUAUGAAUGCUUUCUUGAACGAAAACUGGCGUGACGUCUGGACGGAACUGGCUCCCUCCAUUGACACCGCCAUAGCUGAGGUUUGCAAGAGUAUUAUGGUAAACCUCUUCAAGAAAUUCUCAUAUGAUGGCAUUUAUGCUGAAAUGAAUUGCCUAGCGAUUAUCUCAAUUUUUAGUGUAUUUUGUGGGCUGAGCAAUGGAGCAUUUCCUGCCGAAAUAAAAAAAUGCAAAUAUGGCGACAAUGAAUGCAUAAAAGGAAUAAUAGAAUACAUUUUCCACAGCAAAGCUCACGAUGGCUUACCUGGACUCAACUUAAUACCACUAGCUCCCCUGGUUAUUAAAUCAGUGGACAUAAAUCAAGGAGCAGAAAGUCCUGUUAAUGUAAAUUUGAAAUUUAGAAAUAGCAAUUUCAAUGGAGUUCCAACCAUAGAUGUGAGGAAAGUAACCGGAUUCGGUAAAGAUUUAACAGGACCUCAUGCUCUUUACAUCGGUGGUGACUAUGUUGCUCUGGCUGGGAAAUAUGAAGUUCAAGGACGGGUUCUCCUCUUACCAAUUAAUGGAGCCGGUGACAGCAAUAUCACUUUGGCAAAUCCGGAAUUUAAGAUUACAUUCCAUGGUAAACCAUAUGAAAAGAAUGGUAAGACGCACAUGAAAGUUGAGGAUUUGAAAUUAGAUGGCAAAGUCUCUCGGGUGCACAUUUACCUUGGAAACCUGUUCAAUAGUGAUAAAUCCCUCGGCGACAGCAUGAACAAAUUCUUGAACGAAAAUUGGGAAGAUGUCUUCAAUGAGUUGAAAGGGAAAAUUUAUGAAGCUUUUGGUCUAAUCUUCCAGUCAAUAAUUAACAAUGUCUUCGCCAAAUAUCCUUAUGAGGAAAUGUUUAGUGAUUAAUAUGUUUAUAUUCGUACCUCUCGUAGUAUUUCAUUUUGUAGUUAAGAAUCUUUUAAUUAUUCGACUGGAACUCAGUCAAAAAAUCCGAUGUAAAUAAUUUUAUACGAAAUAAAUGAUUCAAUAUAAUACAGAUAAAA